AACAAAAUUAUGAGUAAAAACUAAAACGUCUUUUCACGCCUAAACUCGCCUAGGCUUCAAAGGUUUCGGGCUUGGCCGUGCCGCCUCGACACGUCUUACGUCUUUUAGAACACUGAUAUAAACAUGACACUCUUAUUUUGAUAUAUUUUUAUUCCUAUUCCGGGAAUUCUCUUUCCAUUUUCUUAACCUAUGUGUCAAAUGAAAAUAGCAGUUAAUUAUAGGACGAAAAGAUUAUUAUUAUGUAUAUAAAUUAUAAAAUCAUAUAACAAUUGAUAUCACCAUCAAUUUUAGGCUCCCAAUAACUUUAUCCCAAAAAUCUUGAGAGAAGUAAACUCGCAUAAGUUGACUUAGAUUACUAACUUUUGCUUGAAGAACACAAAACCAAUGUAAUUUGUGAUAUACUUCGUAUUUAAUCAUUUUCAGUUGUAAAAACUCAAAAGUAAAUUUAAUUGCAACGAUGAGAGUUAUUUGAUUAGAGUACUUAAUAAUCAAAAACCCUUCGCUGGAUUGGUCCCCUCAUACCAUUGAAUUUAUGGUGUUGGGUGUUAAUAAGUGGUACGAACUCUUUUCUAUUCGCUUGAAUUUUUAUUUACUUUGGCUGGUUUUUCAGAGAUGGUGUUUUGUAACAUUCUUGUUCUUAUAAGCAGUUGCUUCGGGUGUGGACCAUGUGGUGAUAAAUCCUCACUGCCACCUUCUCCUCCGGAGGAAAUAACGCCGUCGGCGGCGGCGGUUGCGGCGGAGGACAUAUCUCUUGCCACCUCUCCCAGGGUUUGCCUCAGUGAUGGGAGGUACCUGGUUUACAGAGAAAGAGGAGUGCCCAAAAACAAAUCCAAUUACAGAGUCAUUAUUGCCCAUGGCUUUGGCAGCAACAAACACAUGAACUUCUUGGCUUCUGAUUUGGACAGGAAUUACUUGAGGAAUUGGGCAUAUACCUCUUGAUAUAUGAUCGAGCUGGAUAUGGAGAGAGCGAUCCCAACCCAAAGCGCUCUUUAUUCAGUGAAGCUUCUGAUAUUAAAGAGCUAGCUGAUCUGAUCCAGUUAGGAUCCAAAUUCUAUUUAAUAGGUGUCUCCCUUGGAUGUUACCCUGCCUGGAGUUUCCUCAAACACAUGCCUCAAAGGCUUGCUGGCGUAGCUCUAGUUGUGCCUUUCAUCAACUACAAUUGGAAAUCACUUCCGGAUUAUAUGGCAAAGGAUGAUUACAGAAAACCACUAAGCCAGUGGGUUAUUUUACUAAUUCGUUGUGCCCCGGCCUUGUUACACUGGUGGUUCACACAGAAAUUGUUCCCUUCAGCUACUGUUCUUGAUAAAAACCCUGCAUUCUUUUGUGACAAAGACAUGGAGGUGUUGAAAAGUGCACAAGGAUAUAAGCUUUUCGCUCAGGACGGAUUGAGAAGUCGAGUUGUGUUUGACUCCCUUACACGGGAUAUUAAAGUGGCAUUUGGGAAGUGGGAUUUCGAUCCAUUGGAGCUGAGUGAUCCAUAUGCAAAAAGCGAGAGUAAUGUUCAUAUCUGGCAAGGUUGUAUGGACAAGGUUGUUCCAGUUGAAUUACAAAGAUAUGUGUCGAAAAGGCUCCCAUGGAUCCGGUAUCAUGAAGUUCCAGAUGGAGGGCAUUUGCUUGUAUAUGAUAGUGCAGUGUGUGAGGCGGUGCUGAGAUCUCUUUUGCUUGGUGAAGAUCUUCCAAUGUAUAUGCCUGACUUUGGCAAUUAACAACUCAUAUUCAUUCAUUCUUCUCCAUUAUUGAUCAAAAUGUAUUCCUUGCAAGAAUACAAGUAAUACAUAGUGCAUAUAAAUUGAUUUUUCCAAAAGUCAUAGCUGUGAACUUAA